CCCACCUACCCCUUUCACCAUGACUCUCAAGAACGACGCUUUCCCCUCUUCUGCCGCGUUUGACGUGAUCAACGCCACCCUCCAGGCCGACGAGGCCGAGCGCAAGGACGCCAUCAAGAAGGCCAACGCUGUCGUCGCUUUCAAUCUCAAGAACGCAGACGGAAAGGAGGAGGCCUGGCACCUCGAUCUCAAGAAGGACGGUGUUGUCGCCAAGGGCGCUGCUCCUGCUGGUGGAAAGGCUGAUGUCACUCUCAACCUCUCUGACGCAGACUUCGCUUCCCUCGUCUCCGGCAAGGCCAAUGCCCAGCGUCUUUUCAUGGGCGGCAAGCUCAAGAUCAAGGGUAACAUCAUGAAGGCGACCAAGAUGGAGCCUGUCCUCAAGAAGGCCCAGGGCAAGGCCAAGCUAUAGAUACCCAGUCAAUUUUUGUUUUGGGCGUGCGUGUGUUUUACAAUGUAUUUAUCGACUAUAUGACUACCUAUAUGUUUUCAGGUUGGGAAUAAACAAAUACUGAGUGAUGGCUUAACAGCCAGUUUUUUUC